GGUCCAAAAGUCCAGUCCGGUAACGUAAGUAAUUUACCUGAAAUUCACCAGAUAUUAUUGAAUAUUCAUAUUUCGCCCAUAGGAAGUAAUAGAACACUGACGUAGAUCUUUUAUCGAACAUUGCUUAUUAUCAAAGCAAAUCCACAUAGACUCAUAAAGUAAUGUGUAUACAUAUGUCAGGAAUCUCUCAAUGUUGUCAAUCUGUGGUGCGUGGGGUGUGAAACAUAUACAUACAAUGUGUAAUGUUUGGAGUGAUUGUGACAACAUGUAAUUAUUUCGUAGUCGCUUUUUGCUGAUAUAAGGUUUCAUGAUAAAUUGCCAAAUAAAUUGAAUAGCUUCACUUAGAAAGUUCAUGACAGAUGAUAUCUCAAUCAUGGCAAUUUGACGCAACGAAGAUGCAUGAGUACAAUUGCUGGUUUGUUUUGUUAACAUUUCUUGCAACAUCAAGUGCAGGACUUUGGAAGACAGUGAACAGAUCUUUUUAUAUACUCACGUUUUACAACACUGACUCUACCUGGUAUCAGGCAAAAUCUUUGUGUGAGAGCAGCAGAUCUAGUCUUGUUCAACUUGAUGUUACCUCCAUAAAGAAUGACGUUCUUAACACAGUCACGAGUUCCGGGUUGGUUAUCAACUAUUGGAUUGGGGCAACAGAUGAAGCCUCAGAAGGACAUUGGAAAUGGAUGGAUGGAUCUUCAGCCUCGAUUACUUGGAAUACAGGGCAACCAAAUGGAGGAAGGGCACAAAAUUAUCUCGGAAUGGACAGAUAUGGAAAAUUUUAUGAUUAUAGUUCGAAUCACAAUAGAGGAGUCAUAUGCAUGAAAGCGAUACCCUUUACAAUUUCCUCGGGAAUAUACAGACUGACUGCAAUUGGAAGACCUCACCCUAAAGUUACUUAUGAAACAGCUCGUGCAGAAUGUGCAAAUAUUCAAUCACGAAUUUUAAAACUGACAUCGGCCACACAAGCUCUGAUCAAGUCCUAUUUAAAUUCUGACCAUAUCAGCAAUGAUGUUAAUAUCUGGGGACAAUACGUAGAUUCUAGGUGCUAUUCGCUAACGUUGAAAGAUUACAAGUCGAAAGCCACAUAUUGUACUGACAAGCAUUACUACAUUUGCGAACAAGCUGGACCGCAUGAUAUGCAAUUAUCAAUACCUAACUUCAUUGUGGAUUCAUAUACUGGCACGAAAGAAAUAACGUGCUUGACAUCUGGGUUCCCACCACCGACUGUUAAAUGGAUGAAAGGAAAAACUGUACUCCAUUCAACAUCAAACAAUAACCAAGCUAAAGUUGGAAAAAAUUUAGUCUUAAAUCUAAAACAAUUGACAAUCGAAGACGAAGGACAAUAUAAAUGUUUCGCAUCAAAUACAGUUGGACAAAAGUUUUACGAAUUUUCCCGAACCCUUGAUGUUAAAGUUCCAAGUCAACCAUCAAUCACAAACAUAACUUCGUCACCUUGUAAUUCCGAUUUAUUGGUCACUUGGAAGCCACAUGUCCGUGGAGUUGGAAUCCAACACAGAUUUCAGAUUAUGGAUUUUAUGAACAUCAACAAUUAUAAGGUUUUCCUAACGACGCCGAAUAAUGUCUCCAUGACGUCCAGAGUGACACGUCUGCAAUCAUCAACAUCUUAUAUUAUUAGGAUUGAGCCAUGCUUGACAACUUCAUCAACUUGCUUCAGUCAAUAUGCAACUAGCAGAAAUGCAACCACUUGA